UAUUAUUUAACACAUUUGUUCACACUACUUCAUACUGAUUGAUACUGCGGCGAGUUACGUUACCUUGUCGGCUUGGAGUAAUCUCCCUGGAAAAACAGAGCCACAUGGACCAAACAUCAUUGUCAGGGACGCUCUAAAAGACUAACAUUUUUUGAAUGAUGGAUAGGAGCUCCAGCCUGCAAAGCGACAAAAUGAAAGUCCAAGUUUUUUUGGAGGGAAUACAUGCUGCUGAUGGGGAACACAUCCUAUUACCCCUUUCUUCAUGUGCCUUGCUGCUUAUUGCACACUAUUGUAACUCUGAACAGUUUAGUUUUGUUUUUGUGAAUAACGACAAAGAAUGUUCCCAAUACAUGCCCAUUCCUUUAAGAGGUAUGCAAAGGAUAGAACAUAAGUUCACUGAUUUAGAAUCAAUUCCACAGCCUGUGUGCAGAGUUUUGAUGCCUGCUGUGUUUGAUUCAUCAGUGAAUCUGGUGCGCAGUGGAUUGUGUGUUGUGGCAAGACACAUGAUUAGGAUAGCAGAUGCUAUUUCUCCCAACCAGCACUUAAAGGAUCUUUUGGGUUUCCGAGAGGGAAGUCUUAGGAUGUGUGCAGAGGUAUCAGGAUGGACAAAACUGUGUGAAGUAGAGCUGCCACACAGUGUCACCAUGCUGGUGCAUCAGAUAUCAGCAGCAAAAUUAGCCUCCGAAAAUGGGAACCCUAUCCAGGUGCAGUUUUCAGGAGACCUUGUCAAGCUGGAAGCUCAUUUUGCAAAGCCACCUAGAGUUCACAACGACGACAGAUGGAGGCGUGAUGAGCUGACAAAAUUGCAAGCUGACACCAAAGAUGAUGAAAAGUACUUAACUUUGAUAAAGAGCGUGAAAGUAGAAAAAUCUCUUUUCUCAUUUGAAAAAGUUACUAUACUACCACAUGGAUGUAGGAAGUUUCGGGUUGAAAAAGACAUUGCAAAGGAACUGCAGCUUUUGGAACAUACCAUGUUAAUUAGCAUGGAGCAAAUAAAUAUGGAUGAGGCAAAAGAAAAGGAAUCCAGUAUAUGGCUUAACAAGCAACAGGUGUGCUCCUUAAUCCAGUCACUCACUUACCAAGAUAUACAGCUAAUUCAUCUCUACUCAGAAGGAGUAGAAAUGACCUUGGCUGACAUUUGCCUUUUUGUCUACUUUUACUUUUUGAUGGAGGCUUUGUCUUUCGAUCAAUCAGGACUUUCAAACUUUCUUCCUAGAGUGCUUUCUUGGUUGCAUCACAUGACCUCCUUGCCAAGAUUACAAGCAGCAGCAUUUGCCUGUGGUCUUAACAUUCAAGGACUAAAGUCAGGUUUAGAAGCACAGACAUCACUGGUAGAGGGUCAGGCGAUGGUAGAAUUCUUCAGAUCGAAUGUGGAACAGGUGAUGGAGAAUGAUAUGGAACUCAGUCGUCGAUGUCGUACAAAACACAAAGCUAUCAAGCCAGAGGUUGUUGAGGCAUUGAAUAAAGUAAAGCGAAAGGGCAUAGAGCCCAUUAUUGGUCAGCAUCUACGAGGCCAUUGUGUUCAACUGGACUGGAAGGCAUUUCCCUCAGCUGUCCAUCCUCGAGAGGGAGAGGUGCCUUUGAAGAGAGUGGAGCGCAAGUGCCAGCAGCUUGAAAAUCUAGCCACAGCUAUUCAGGAAGUAGCCAGACCUGAUGAUAUCAUUGUUGAUUUUUGCAGUGGAGGGGGACACCUGGGCAUUGUUGUUGCCUAUCUGCUGCCGCAGUGCAAGGUUUGUUUGGUGGAGAACAAGGAGGAAUCACUUAUGAAAGCAAGAUCAAGAAUAGAGUCCUUGAAUCUGACUAACAUCAUAUUGUAUCAGUGCAACUUAGAUUACUUUGUAGGGAAAUUUGAUGUUGGCACUUGCCUUCAUGCCUGUGGGACAGCUACUGACAUGGUGCUCAGCCUUUGUCUUCGGAAUAAUGCUGCUUUUGUUAUCUGCCCCUGUUGUUAUGGCAGCAUUCAGCGCACACAUCUUUUGUCUUACCCGCGCAGUAAACUAUACCAAGAUUGUGGUGUUACAUACACAGAAUUUUUAACUCUUGGUCAUGCAGCAGAUCAGACUGAAUUCAACAUUGCUCUGGAACAGCAAGGUCGGCUUUGCAUGAACCUUGUAGACUUUGACAGAGCACAACUUGCAAUAGAGUCUGACUACAAGGUAAACUUGUGCUCUCUGCAGCCUCUUACAUGCAGUCCAAAAAACAACUUGCUCAUCGGCCAGCAGCUCAUGUGUGACCAGUUUGGUGAUUAACAACAAACAUGCAUGCCUUACAAUAAACAAUAACUCACGGUCAUGUAAUAGAGAAUAAAGUUCUUUAAAGCAUUCUGUGCAGCCGUAUUGUUCUACAAUGACUAAAUUUAAAACUGGUUUUUGUCCCACAUUAUCUUUUUCAUGCAAACUGUGCACUCUAACCUUCAUGUCAACUGUUUGCAGUUCACUAUAUCCUGUAGGUGCUCCUUUUGUCAAGACAGGUAUAUUCACAUAAAAGAUGAUGGAAAUAAUUCUGAUUUUCUCCCUUGUAAAAAUAUUGAAACAAAUAGUAGUAUUAUGACUCCAUAUUAUUAUAAAGUACAGUUAUCUAAUUAUGGAUCUGAAAUAGCAUUGAUUGAUAACAUAAAUAGUUGGAAUUCUUUAAAGCAUUAAAAAAAAUAAAUACAAGGACUAGAUUGUGGUCAGGGGAGCACGUUCUUGAUGUAAUUUUUGUUUUAAAAUGAUGUACUUCUCCAGACUUAUCAGACUACCAAUGGAACAAACAGCAAAGCAAGUGUAGAAAUGAAAUGGUAUAAAUGUGUUGCUUAAAAUAAAAUAUAGAACUAUAUAAAUGUUCACAUAUCAACAUGGUUUGCUUUCUGGAUGCAGCUCUUCAUAAUAGUAUGGUGUCAUGAUCAUACUAUUUGUUUCUAAAUUAUAUUUAAGUAUUACAUUUUUACCAUAUGGCAACUGUAACCCUUGUUCCGAAACUGCUUUGAUAUGUGUAGAUUUCAUAAAAUAUCAUAACAUACUUUUGCCUAAAUGUAAGAAUAAUGUUUGCUAAUUGUGAUAAUAAAAACUCAUUUGGAAAUUUUUGACAUAGUUAUUCUUUUACAUUUUUAAAAUGACAACCAAAGUAAACAUUUUGCCUGAAAGAAUGGCAAUUGCUGUUAAUGCCCAGAUUAAAAUUACUGCCGAUAGACUCCAGUAUCACAAAACAAACAUACCAUUAUUUACAAUGACUUUAUUUUAUCAUUCAUUUUUUCACAGCUUUUUCGUGUCAAUUGCCGCCAUCAUAAACAUUGCCUAAAAAUAGCUGCCUGCAUAUGACAGUGGGAGAGAAAGAACUUCUCCUUUCAAAUGAUAACAAAAUAUUAACAAGCAGUAAUAGACUUGCACCAUACACAAGCAGCCGUUCACAUGCUUAAAUUUCCUAGACACGAGUCUUUAACACCACAGGCACACAGUUUACAAAGAAAUAAAAAUUUGUAACUAAUUAAGAAAGUUUCACUUUGCAGGUUAGUAGCCCACGAAGAUACUUUCCUCUCAAUCCCAAUCCCAGGUAUGUACAAGAUCAUUGCUAA